CAUGAAUUUGGCAGAAAGUAACGUCUCAAUCGUAUCCGUUGUAGGACCCAAUGUUGGCAAAUGUGGAUACUGCCAAGGAAAAGAUACUUCACAUACCUUUGGCGUAUGGGCAUAUUAUUUGACAUGCGAGGACUAUCAGCAACUUAUUGAUAAAGGCUGGAGAAGGUCUGGUGAAUAUGUUUAUAAACCAAAUCUCAGGACUAGCUGUUGUCCUCAAUAUGCCAUAAAGUUGGAUGCAAGCAAAUUCAAACCGUCUAAAUCACAAAAGAAAUUGGUCCACAAGUUCAAUCGAUUUGUUCAAGGGGACUGGACACCUAAUUCGGAGGAAGAUGUUAAUACAGGAAAUAAGAAACCGCAGCAGAAAUCUGAACCAGCGGGCAUGGACACUUUACCGACCCUUUUAUCACGAGCAGAACAUACGUCAAAUGAUGAAACUGAACGCCCAAAAAAGUAUGAACUGGAGAUUGAGAUGGAACCAAGCUCGUUUACAGCAGAAAAGUACUCGCUCUAUCGUAAAUAUCAAAUCGGAAUACACCAUGACCCUCCAAGCAAAUUAAAAGAAAAGUCGUUUAGACAAUUCUUGGUCGACUCACCUCUGAAGCGUUAUUCAUUUAACCGAGACGAUGGAGCGCCUUGCAGUGGAUACGGAUCGUAUCAUCAAACAUAUAGACUAGACGGGAAACUGAUAGCCAUGGCUGUUCUGGACAUAUUACCAAAUUGUGUGUCAUCAGUUUACUUCAUGUACGACCCAGAGUACGCCUUCCUUAGCUUGGGAAAGUACAGCGCAUUAAGAGAAAUUGCAUUGACCCAAGAGUUUGAAGAAAAGGUAUCCAAAGAAUUACACUGGUACUAUAUGGGCUAUUAUAUUCACAGCUGCACAAAGAUGCGAUACAAAGGACAAUAUAAGCCAUCUUAUCUACUGGACAGUGAGGCGGCAACAUGGGAGCCAAUUGAAAAAUGCGUUCCGCUAUUAGACAAGACAGGCUUUGUACCCUUUCAUAAAGCCUUGAUGGGUGAGGCUACGGACAUGGAUAGUACAUCGGCAAACGGUGUUGACUCGAUUUCCAAUUCAGCAAAUUGUUUAAGGUCCGUGUUGGCGAUUUUCUCUGGUAUGCUGGCGCCCAUAACGGUAAGUUUUGUUGCAUUUCAAUUUUCCCCAACCUUGGAUUUUUGGAAUUAACAAUGUUGUUUCCUAGGAGCUUCCAUUGUAUCAUAGCGACGACAGCUUCCGUGAAGAAAUGCAAGAAUAUGUUUCGGCAGUUGGAGAAGAUCUUGCCAAAAAGAUAAUAUUGGUGGUUAAUUAGAAUGGAUACUAACCGUUGUGGAAGAUAUUUCCAAUAUUUGUGAUUAUGAAACUCUUUUCCUUGUUUUUUUCCUUUAAGGGGAUAAUUUUUUAACUGUACAUUUUGUAACAAGUUGAUGGAACUAAGCAAAAAAAAAUUCUGUAGAGAUUAGCAUCAUAUAACAUGACUACCUUAAAGUUGGAC